AUGGCCAAAUCAUCUAACCCAGUCGAUGCGCAUCGCAAGGCGCAACGUAAGGCGGAGUUGAAGAAGAACAAGCAGCGGAGGGAGCAGGCGAAGGAGGUUGCGACGGUGAAAAAGGACACGAAGCCUAUCGAAGCGGAUAUCCGACGCUUGAGCCAGCAGGCGCAGCAGGCUCCGCUCAGCAAGGCGGAGAAGGAUGAGUUGGCAAGUCUGAGGGCGGAGCUGUCGCGAAUCAAAAAGGCGAAGGACGAGUACGUCGCCGCUCACCCCGAGCACCGCAAGUUCGUCUUCCCCGACCGUCCGUCCAACGACACCGCCGACGACGCAGCAAUGAACGAUGAACCGUCCGGCCUGUACGACAAGCAAGGUCGCCUGAAGCAUCCCGAACGGUCGUUCUACUACGAUCCGGUUUACAACCCGUACGGCGCGCCGCCGCCUGGAAUGCCGUACCGCGAGAAGCCCGAAUAUGCGAUGGCGAGGAUGGGCAUCCCGACGCCCGAAGAGAUGGCCGCGUUCCGGCCGGUCGGACAGGAAGACGACUCGGACGAGGAGGACGAUGAAGACGAAGAUGACGACAUCGUCAUGCCCGCGGGACCGCCUCCGGGCGGAAAGGCGGCCGACGAAUCUUCCGACGAUUCAGACACAGACGACGACGACGACAUCCCUCUUCCUCCCGGUCCACCGCCACCAAAAGCUGCUCCUGCGCCACAAGCAACCACCUCCCGCAUCACCAUCUCCCGCCCCUCGCGCCCAUCCGGACCGCCUAUACCUCCUCACGCUCUCCCUCCUCGCCCAGCUUUCCCUCCACACGCAGGUCCUCCUCUCCCUCCUCCUCCCGGUGCACCAACCGGUCCUCGACACCCUCGUCUCCCCGCACGACCUCCACCGCCCGGAAUGCACAUGCAGGAUCCGCUCUCGGAGGGCGGACCGAACAGGGCGUUCCAGCAAGGCCGAGCGAUUGGUCCCGUCCAGCCUACCGUAUCCGCCUCUCCUCCUCCUAGCUCGACUGCACCCGCCCCUCCAUCUGGCCCAAGCCCCUUCUUCAACCUCGCACCUGCCGCUUCCUCCUCCGGCACUGCGGCCGCUUCAAGCGGCGCGACCAUCUCUGCCGCGCCGCAGCUGCGCGACCUGAAGAAAGAUGCGACGGCAUUUGUACCGUCUGCGAUGCGGAAGAAGCUGGCGCAGCAGAAGGCGCGGCUGGACAAGGCUGGAUUGACGAGUAUUGAUGCGGCGCGAGGAGCGGGAGCCACUGAAGGACAGGGAGCGGAGGAGGGCGCCGAGCCGGUCGAGCGGAAGAAGACGCUCAUGGAGGAGAUGCGCGAGCGGGGAAUCGGCGUAGGCGCACAGGGGAAGACCGGCAGCAAGGCGGACACAGGCAUGGACGACUACGCGCGCUUCCAGGAGGAGAUGAAGGACUUCUUGUAG